UUUGCAGUGUUGAUAAGCAUGUCCUGAGCGUGUUGAGCACUGUGGGGAUCAGCCCUGGCUCACCUCCCUGCUGCACCCUGGGCAAGCUUCCUGCGAGGGUUUCAGCUGCACAGGAGGUGUUCCAGAGCCAAGGUGGCCCUAAGUUAGGGAGCAGAGGCAGGAGCACUCCUUGCUGGGGGUGAUCUGCUGGUAAUUGUCUCCAAGACUGUUCCAAUGUGCAGUUAAAGGGUGCCCAUGGCACCUGGCAGUGCCCUGUGCUCAGUCCUGGGGUAACCUUGUCUCCCCUGCUCUGGGAGGGAGGCAGUGGGUUUGCUUUGGCUGCUCCUCCACUCUCUGCCCUCCCUCAGCUGCAGCAAAUCUGGGUUGGUGGCUCCUUGCAGACCCUUCCUAGGGCAGGACUGUGUUUGCUCCAUGGGGGUUAAAGCCAGAGCCGCCCCUGUGUCCUCCAGUUUGCUGCAGCCAGCCUGGUUUGUGCUUCUUGUCGUUUUACCACCCCUCCCAGUAGUGUGGCCACUCUAACAAAACUAGGAAAGGCCCUUUCCAUGGAGUGCCCCAGCUGAAAUGGGGACAUUUGAGAGCUUUGGGCUGCUUGCAGAGGGAUGCACAUGCCAUUUCUGGCAGCGCAGUGGCACCCACAGGUUGCCCUUCCAACACCUCCACCCUGAUGCUGGGGUGGAGAAAUCUCCUUUUGCCCUGUGUUUCCUGCCCAGUCCCAGGCAGUGCAUCCUCCACACUUCUUGUAGAAAAGAGUGUUGCAGGAGGAGUGAGUCUGUGCAGCAGGAGCAGUGUUCCCCUCAGUGUGGGGCAUGCAGGGAAUCUGUGCCCCAGCAGGGUUUGCCAUGACCUGGCUGGGGACAAGGGCUGUGGCGGUACCAAAGAGGGUUUAAAAAGAAGCUGUACCCACUUCUGGCAGAUGCUCCUCUGGGAUUCAAGAGCUUAUGGGUAUUGCAGGGCAGAAUGAGCUGUGUGGGUCAAGAGAUGGAGUGGGAUGGAGCUCCCUUCCCUCUGCUGAGAGCACAAUAAAACUGGUGCUGCUUGGGUGGCAGAACUCGGUUUUCUUGUGAAAUUAGCAUUGUCCACGCCUUGCUGUAUCUGUGUUUCCCUCUGCCAGCAGGAAGGCAGGUGAGGCAGUGGGUGCCCCUUGGCGUGGGGCAGCCAGGGGCUCUCAUGGUCCCUACAUUAACUGACCCUGCCUGGUGUUACAGCAGCUCUGGGUGUUACACGGCAGGAGAGGAGGCUUUGCAGGGAGUUUCGUGUGUGCCACUUGGCAGUUUUUGUGUGUAUUGCUUUUUUUUUCCCAUCCUUAAGUAAAAAUGUAUCUUUGGCAAGUGGGUGUAGCAGGGGUAUCCCCAGGCUGUAGAGUCAGGAAAUGCCGAGCUGCAGCUGCACCAUCCCAUAACCCCAGCCCUGCUUUUGUCUGCACUGACGGUCCAUGGGAGAGGGGCUGUCUCCCAAACAAAGCCCACAGAGCAUUUCUGAGCAGUGUUGCUGCUCCCCCCAUGUGAGGUGGCGCCACAAGCCCAGCGCAGCUGUGGCUCUGCUCCGCAGUGAGUGCUUGCCUCAACAGCUGAGCUGCCAUGCUCCCCUCCCCAGAAUUAAAACCCAAGCCACAUCUAAACCACUGGGUCGUGGACAAGACUUUCUAGGCAAGUCUUACAGCACAGAUGAGCCUGGUCCUCUCUCACCUGUAACUGCCCAAGGGACAAAAUGAAGGCUGUGAGGCAAGGUCUGGCAGUGUGGGCUGUGGCAGUGCCAGCAGCUUUCCUGGAGCCACAGCUGCACUUUCCCCAUUCGGCCCUGGGUAGGGAGGCCUGGAGCCUCCACCCCUGCGUGUCAGCCCGACCUUUACACCCAGCUGGAGGCUGAAGGUCGGGCUGCUGCAGCGCUGGGUGCCGGGCUGGCGGCUGCUCCUGCCCAGCCGCCUGGCAGGAAGGUGCUGGUGUCUUCUGGAGCGUUCCCCAGCUCUUCCUGCACGUCUCUGCUGCUGGGAUGUAGAAGCAAAAGGGCCAGACAGGCUGGUGGGCAGGAUGCCUCGUGGGGAUGAGCCCUGGGCCAGCCGUGCCUGCACUGAGCAGCCCUGUCCCCGCAGAGUACAGCCGCUUCGAGUCCAAGAUCCACGACCUGCGGGAGCAGAUGAUGAACAGCAGCAUGAGCUCGGGCUCGGGCUCGCUCCGCACCAGCGAGAAGAGAUCGCUCUACGUCCGAGCCCUGUUUGACUAUGACCGGACCAGGGACAGCUGCUUGCCCAGCCAGGGGCUCAGCUUCUCCUACGGGGACAUCCUGCACGUCAUCAACGCCUCGGAUGACGAGUGGUGGCAGGCCAGGCUGGUCACAGCCCACGGCGAGAGCGAGCAGAUCGGGGUCAUCCCUAGCAAGAAGAGGGUGGAAAAGAAGGAGAGAGCACGGUUGAAAACAGUGAAGUUCCACGCCAGGACUGGCAUGAUUGAGUCCAACAGGUCGAUCAAAACGAAACGUAAAAAGAGUUUCCGCCUCUCUCGAAAGUUCCCAUUUUACAAGAGCAAAGAGAACCUGGCCCAGGAGAGCAGCGGACAGGAACAGGGCGUGACAUCAAACACCAGUGACAGCGAGAGCAGUUCCAAAGGACAAGAGGACACCAUCCUGUCGUACGAGCCAGUGACGCGGCAAGAAAUUCACUAUGCCAGGCCAGUGAUCAUCCUGGGCCCGACCAAGGACAGAAUUAACGACGACCUCAUCUCUGAAUUCCCACACAAGUUUGGUUCCUGCGUGCCCCACACCACCAGGCCUCGGCGUGAGAACGAGGUGGACGGCCAGGACUACCACUUUGUGGUGUCCCGGGAGCAGAUGGAGAAAGACAUCCAGGACAACAAGUUCAUAGAGGCUGGGCAGUUCAAUGACAAUCUCUAUGGCACCAGCAUCCAGUCCGUGCGGGCGGUGGCAGAGCGGGGGAAGCACUGCAUCCUGGAUGUGUCUGGCAAUGCUAUCAAGAGGUUGCGACAAGCACAACUUUAUCCCAUUGCCAUUUUCAUCAAACCUAAAUCCAUUGAAGCCCUCAUGGAGAUGAACCGGAGACAGACAUAUGAACAGGCCAACAAGGUCUUUGACAAAGCCAUGAAACUUGAGCAAGAGUUUGGAGAAUAUUUUACAGCCAUCGUACAAGGAGACUCUCUUGAAGAAAUUUACAGCAAAAUCAAACAGAUCAUUGAGGACCAGUCCGGGCACUACAUCUGGGUCCCGUCCCCAGAGAAACUCUGAAGAUGUCUCCCUCCUGCUUCCCUGUGAGCAGAAGAUCUAUGAAGUCCCACCCAUCCGAGCCCUCUGCCCCGAGGGGGAGGGAAUGAAAACUAUUCCUGCUCCCUUUUUUAGAUCGUCGCAAAAUUGAGUUUUCUAGUCCUGUUUCUUUUGUUGGGAUGAACUGAUAUCAUUCAUCACGUGACUGUUCCCACCAUUCCUGCAUGGACCUUCCCACUGCUCCAGUAGAGACAGACAAGAACCCAUUCAAGGUCGUUUUUUUAUUAUUAUUAUUAUAUUAUUAUUAUUAUUAUUAUUAUUAUUAACUAAACAAAGAAUCAAGAUGGGAGGAGGCAGCUAAGGACUAAUGUAAGAAGACAAGUGAAACAAUGGACUCUGAACACAUGAGCUGGUAUCAGAGCUCCAGGGGCAUUUUUCCAAGUGUGACCGUCUAGCAGCUCUGAACAGUGCGACAGAUGGGGCAGCAGAAAGCAUUUUAUUUAUCUGUAUAUGUAAUUUAUAUAUAAUAUAGAGGAGAGAUAUUAUAUAUAUAUUAUAUAUAUAUAUGUAUGUGGACUAGGAAAUCUGAGGGACCUCUCUGGAAAGGUGUUGUAUUAUUGCAAGGUUCUCUCAGUUCCUCUGUCCCAAGCACUCGGCGUAGGGAGUCCACUUGGGCAGGAAGAGCUCAAACGGUACCAGGUGCUUUGGAAACUUCUCCCGUCCAGGCCAGUUCCCUGCAGCCCCCCUGGGUCUGAGACAGGCCAGAGACUGGUACUGCCUGUGCAGGAGGGACCAGAGCAAGGAGCAGCAGCUGGCCUGCGAGAGGCUGGGAGACAGAGACUGAGCAGGAGGCUGCAAAGCAAGAGAAUGGAUGAUGCUACAUAUUAAAUUGCACAUUGUUUUACACAUCACCUUAUGUGUUUGCAUGAGAGGUUUCCUUUUGGUUCUAUUUUUUUAAGCUGAUUUUAAACCAAAACCAUAUUGUGUUGUUGUGUUGGCUUUUUUAAUUAUUAUUAUUAUUAUUAUUAUUAUUAUUAUUCCAUUUUUCUCUUGUCAAUGAUGAACUGAAUGGGUAUAAAAUCCAGUUUUUUAACUUA